AUGUGGUUACGGUCAGUGCCAAGUCGUUGGUGCGUCUCUUCGUUCUGGAGCACGGCUUCGGUCCUCAUCCAUCGCCUACUGACUGCGCCGUUGCCGCCUAUCACAGCAGCAAAACCCGCAAAGACCCGCCCAGCAAGCUCAGACCAUUUGCAUCCGGUGCCUUUGGUGGACUGUGUCGUCCUGCAUAAUCCACCGAGCCACACGAUUGACGUGAUCUUCGUUCAUGGAUUAUAUGGUUCUUUAGGUAACACAUGGAGACAAGGAGAAUGGAAAGCGAACUACAAAAUUAACCCCGAUAUUGUACCUUUACGAAGACAUUCCAAUUCAAUUCCAGAAAUGACAGAACAAAAUAUACAGAUUACACAAAGCGAUGACGAAGAUUGUAAAGACAAUAGUUUUAAUAAAAAAAUGGACGAUUUUAGAGAGAAAAUGAAUGACUUAAAAUAUAAUAGAGAUAGAAUUAAUAAUCAAUUCAUUAAUUUUAAUGAAUUUAACGAUCAAAAUGAUUAUGAAAAUAGAACUGAUUUUAAUGAUACAGUAUUUAGAAUAAAUGACAAUAAUGAAGAUCGAAGCCAAUUGAACGAUGAUUUAAAGAACAUAUUCAAAGAUAACGUGGAUAAUGUGAGCGAAUUCUACGAAGACAUGAAAAAAAUACUUCCGAACGAAAAUAUGUUUAUAACCGAGAAAUUUUAUAACAACACAUUGCUGGAUCAAGUUGAAAUCGUUGGGAAUUACGAAUCUCAGGCGAAUUUUGUGCGUGACCUAUUCAAAAGCAGUUGCGAGAGUAAAAGUGAUAAUUGUGAGUGUCAUGGUGAGUGUGAGGUGGGUUGUGGGUGUGUGUGUGACAUGUGCUAUUCACCAUGUUGGCCCAGAGACUGGGUCAAAGAGGACUUCCCUGGUGCAAGAGUUAUUUCAAUAAAUUACACCAGUGAUCCUUAUUUAUGGAGGCCGCUGUGGAUCAAAGAAAUCAAAAGGUUAAGGCUUCACGAGAGAGCAGAACAAAUGACGUCACAGCUGUUAGACCUGGGAGUUGGACAGAAACCCAUAAUAUGGGUUGGGCAUUCGAAGGGAGGUCUGUUCAUCAAGCAGAUUUACUGUGAUGCAUACGACGCGCAUUUACAAGUAACGAAAGAGUCAGUGGGGCAAAACGAAAUUAAUGAUGGAACAAACGAAUUUAAUGAUAGAUUUAAUGAUAUAAGCGAUGAUGCAUUAUGCAAUACGAAUGGGAUCGAAGAUAAAACUAUACAAAAUAGUGGAAAUCCAUCAAAACGGGCCGGUCUUUGGCGGAACAGCGCUGGUUUCAUGUUCUACUCCGUGCCUCAUAGGGGUUCACCACUCGCUGACAUCAAGACUCCGAUAACUGCAAGGAGUAUAGAACUGUUGGAGAUAUGUAAAAAUUGUCCACUUCUCCUCUCCCUGCAGGAGAGAUGGCUGGCAGCCACUUCACCCUUCAGCCCAGCAGUCCACAGCGUUGUAGAGACUUGCCGAACUCUCAUGUCAGUUCUUUGGUUGAGGAUUGUUAGCAUAGAUUCCGCUGAUCCUGGAAGGGGCUCAUUACAUGGGGUUUCGGUCGAUCACCGAGAAAUUUGCAAGCCAACGAGUCGACAUUGCACGCUGUACACAGAGCUUAUAAGUUUAAUGCGUACUGCGCUUAACAAGUCUUGA